AACAUCAUAAUGUGUCUGGAGACGUUAAUAUGUUUGUUUUCAUGCGUCAAGUAUAGUUAAGUCAGUGUCCUCCUGCGGAGCUAAAGAAUUGGCUUUGGAAGAAAACGCUGCAGCUAUUAACAAUAUUUUCCAGUGAAGCCCUGACAUCCCCCACCCCUGUCAACAUGGCCACAGAUUCAAUGGAGAUUGAUGACUCCCUGUACAGUCGACAACGGUACGUUCUUGGAGAUAGUGCUAUGCAACAGAUGGCACAGUCCUCAGUGUUUCUAAGUGGACUGGGCAGUAUCGGAGUUGAGAUAGCAAAGAACAUUGUGCUGGCAGGAGUAAAGGCUGUAACACUUCAUGAUACAAAAGUUUGUGAUAUGUGGGAUCUGGGCGUCAAUUUUUUCAUUCGAGAAGAGGAUGUUCACAAUCAAAGAACCAGAGUGGAGGUCAUGUAUCCUCGUGUUGCUGAGCUGAACCCAUAUGUGCAGGUGGGAGUGUCCACCUGCCCCCUUGAUGACGGCACUGAUCUGAGUUUUCUCAGGGGCUACCAGUGUGUCGUGUUGACGGAUGCUCGUUUGAGUCUGCAAAAGAAAGUGAAUGAAUUCUGCCAUUCCCAACAGCCUCCUAUUGCAUUUAUUGGCUGUGAGCUUCUGGGUGUGUGUGCUCGUGUCUUCUGUGAUUUUGGGGAAGAGUUUGAGGUGUCUGAUGCCACAGGAGAGGAGUCCAAGGAGCUGUUUAUACAGAACAUCACUCAGGCUAACCCAGGGGUCGUGACCUGCAUGGAUGGAAGGAGUCAUGGGCUGCAGACGGGACAAACUGUUGUGUUUAAAGAAGUCAAUGGAAUGGAUGAUCUAAACAGCAUGCAACGCGAAGUUACAGUGCUGUCCCCACACAGUUUUUCUAUUGGAGAUACGUCUUCCCUACCCCCCUACAACCAUGGAGGAAUCUGCCGCCUGGUUAAAACACCUCACACCUUCUCCUUUGAAACAAUGGAAAGGCAAUUAUGCAACCCUCAGGUGUUGACAGCAGACUUCAGUAGACCAGAUGCUUCGCUCCAGAUCCAUGCCACCAUGUUAGCUCUCAAUACCUUUCAGGACCAGCAUAGACGGCUGCCUAACAUCGGGUGUUUUCAGGAUGCUGAAGUCUUACUCAGGCUCACAGAAGAAGUCAAUGAGACACUCACGCCAAAAGUGUGUGUGGAUCAGGACCUUGUGCAGUGUUUGUCUCGGAGUGCACGCGGCUGUCUGGCUCCUCUUGCGGCAGCAGUUGGAGGAUUUGCCAGUCAGGAAGUUCUAAAGGCCCUCACAGGGAAAUUUACCCCACUCCAGCAAUGGUUGUACCUUGAUGCCAUAGAAGUGGUGCGACCACUUCAAUCGCUACCUGUUGAAGAAUUUAUGCCCAGGGGUGACCGGUACGAUGCCUUGAGGGCGUGUGUGGGAGAAUCUCUCUGUCAGGAGUUGCACAAGCUGAGGCUCUUUAUGGUGGGCUGUGGGGCCAUUGGCUGUGAGAUGUUGAAGAACUUGGCAUUGCUAGGAGUUGGUCUGUCAAAGUGCUCAGGCGAGGUGUGUAUAACAGAUCCUGACCUCAUAGAAAAGUCCAACCUCAAUAGACAGUUCCUCUUUCGACCGCACCACAUUCAGAAACCCAAGAGCACCACAGCCGCCAUGGCAACCCUUGAGAUCAACCCGGACGUAUGUGUUGAUGCCCACCUCAACAAGGUGUACCCCGCCACUGAAGAUAUCUACAGUGACACAUUCUUUUCCAGACUUCACACAGUUAUCACUGCUUUGGAUAAUGUGGAGGCCCGUCGUUACGUGGACAGUCGCUGCCUGUCCAAUCAGAAAUCUAUGCUAGACUCUGGUACCAUGGGAACUAAAGGCCACACAGAGAUCAUUGUUCCCAAUCUGACGGAAUCGUACAACAGCCAUAGGGACCCACCUGAAGAAGAGAUUCCAUUUUGCACAUUAAAGUCGUUUCCUGCUGUAAUCGAGCACACUAUUCAGUGGGCAAGAGAUAAGUUUGAGAGCUCCUUUUCCCACAAGCCCUCCAUGUUCAGCAGGUUCUGGCAGAACUACUCCUCAGCAGAGGACGUGCUCCAGCGAAUGAAGUUGGGCGAGAGUAUGGAGGGUGCAUUUCAGGUUGUGAAGCUGUUGAGUCGCCGGCCGGUGCAAUGGAGGCAUUGUGUAUCACUAGCACGCCUUAAAUUCGACAAGUACUUCAAGAGAAAGGCUUUGCAACUUCUUCACUCCUUUCCCCUUGACACCCGGUUAAAAGAUGGAUCUCUCUUCUGGCAGUCUCCGAAGCGUCCUCCGUCUCCCAUAGAGUUUGAUCUCAGUGAUCCCUUGCAUGCAAGCUUUAUAGUGAGCACUGCUCGACUUUAUGCUGGAAUCUACAACAUCCCCUAUUCAGAAAAGGAUGUUUCACUAGAAGCAGUAUCUGCGGCUCUAGCUGAAGUGCAGAUUCCAGAGUACGUACCAGCAGAUAAGAGCAUAGAAACGGAUGAGGCUGCCAAGAAGCCUGACCAGACGAAACUUUCAGUCAGCAGUGAAGAGGAGAGAGAGGCUAUCACACAGCUAGAGGAGAUCAUCAGCAGACAUACUUUAACUUCAGAGCAUUUCUGCAUGACGCCACUGUUCUUUGAGAAAGACGACGACUCAAAUGGUCACGUGGAUUUUGUGACUGCUGCAUCAGCGCUAAGGGCUCAGAUGUACGCCAUUGAGCCUGCCGACCGCUUCACUACCAAGCGCAUUGCCGGCAAAAUCAUCCCAGCAAUUGCAACGACAACUGCAGCCGUUGCAGGACUGGUCGCCCUGGAACUCAUAAAAGUUGCUGGCGGUUAUGAAUUUGAAGCGUUCAAGAACUGUUUCUUUAACUUGGCCAUUCCAGUGAUGGUGCUGACAGAAACAGCACCUGUGAAGAAAACAUACAUCAGAGAUCACAUAUCAUUUUCCAUCUGGGAUCGCUGGAACAUUUAUGGUCACAAGGACUUCACGCUCAGUGAUUUCAUCAGUGGAGUGCAGGAGAAGUACGGAGUUGAGCCUACAAUGGUUGUCCAUGGAGUGAAGAUGUUGUUUGUCCCUGUGAUGCCUGGCCAUAAGAAAAGGCUCAAAUUCACGAUGCUGAAACUUGUGAAACCUUCAGCAGAGCGGCGGUACGUGGAUCUGACCGUGUCCUUCGCUCCUGAAGUUGAUGGUAAUGAAGACCUGCCUGGGCCCCCUGUGCGCUAUCAUUUUAGCCCUGCCCCGAGUCUCUGACAACCCCCACCCCCCCACACACACACACGCACACACACACACACACACUGCUUGAGGACCACUAGCAGACAUGCACUUGACCUCUCCUCAUCGACCACUAUCUGUAUAUAGAUCCCCCUUUUUGUAUUACCAUGAAUUAUCAUCAUUAUUUAUUAUUGAUUUAUUAUCAAUAAUUAUCAAUUCUUUGUAUUAUCAAUUGGCGCAGAGAGCCCAGACUGAUGCCUUACCUUAGUGCUUUAACUGCUCAGACGAGUGGCUGCUGAUCAGCUGCUGAUUCUGGUGAUUGAUAAUCAGAGGAUCGAAAUGAACACACCGUGAACACGCCAGUGCCUCCAUGAAGGAGUGCUGGUGGGAAGUCACGUCACGGGAUGCAGUGCUUUGCUGGAUCGAGGGCUCACAGAGAACGAGAAUACCCAGAGCCUCACUUCAUCUGAGAACUACAGAUUGCAUUCAUCCCAGGAAAAUCAUAGCAGACUGUCUCUUGGGGGGUUCCAAGAAAGCCCCGUCCAUGGUGUUUUGUGGCGGUAAUGUGGCAGAUAUGUUUAAGAACCCAAGGGCAAGGCAAGGGAUCCAUUCCAUUAUCCAAACUCCCGUCCUCGAUUUGUGCUUGUGGCGUCGCUACUCUGCUGACACCCCGGCUCCCUAGAGAAAACAAAGUUUCCCCGCUGUCAGCCUAGUCACAUCAACUUUUGGGGGACUUUCCCCCCCAUUCAACAUACUGAUUGAAAAUGAGAAAAUGACCUUUGAAUUGCUCCUUUGCGAGAUAUUGAAUUAAACUUCUAUUAGCAGUGACGUCUUUGGAUGUCAUCAUGAGGUCACAAACACAGGGGAGGACGGGAGAUUACAUAUUGAAAGGGACCAUGGUGUGUGUCCCCAUGCUGACUUGCAAACAGGCUUGCUGGUUCUGAGUGUACUGGAUGUUGUGAAAAUGCCACCUAGUGGCUCCAGAGGGAACUGUGAGUUUAAGUGGUGAUGCCGCCUCUUUUAUUUGUCAGCCCUUUAAAAGCCAGCUGUCCCACAGAGGCAUGGCCAAGUUUGCCCAGCAGGAGUUUGCUGGUCACGAUGUCAACCAUCUCCGUCUCUGAUGAUGUCAGCAGAUUGAAAGAAUAAAGCAGAGCUAAAGUGCAAAAUGAAA